AUGGCGAUAUUGAUAAAAUCACUUGUUCAAAUUUUCUUGCUUCAUGUAUAUGGCCAUUGCUUUUUGUUGUUUUUUACGAAUGCGCAAACUGCAUCAACAAAUACUGGGUCAAAGUUUGAUAAAUUGAUUUUGUUUGGUGAUUCUUAUUCUGAUGUAGGAAAUAUAUACAGCAUAACGAAUCAUACAUGGCCACCUUCUCCUUCAUACAACGGUCGUUAUUCUGAUGGUCCAAUUUGGCCGGACUAUCUAAUGGCACGAUUAAAUUUGAGCGGUGUUGAAAAUUAUGCUUUCGGGUCUGCUACUUUAGAUAUGAAUUUAAUUAAAGGUGUAACUGGCCCAAAUAAUAAUAUAAAUGUACCAGGCGUAGUUCAACAAGUCAAUAAAUUUUGUUCUUUACAACGUGGAACAGAUUUAAGUAACCUUUUGGCUUCGAUUUGGAUUAUUGGCAACGAUUAUCUUUACUCCAACUAUACAAUCGAUCCACAGCAAAUAAUAUCAAUCUUAGGACAAUGUAUAGGUCAACUCUAUAACACAGGAAUUCGAUAUUUUCUAAUACCAAAUCUAUUCAACAUUACAUUGCUCCCAGUAUCCCAAUAUUCCAAGCAAAUCCCAUCUCAAUCGCAACAAGUCUUGACGAUGCAUAACAACUUAUUGCAACAAUUAAUCGCGAAUUUUAGCGACGAUCAUGCCGAUGCGACUAUUUACUCGUUUGAUACAGACUCGUUCUUACGUUAUUUCAAGGAAUCGUUGGCUAAUGAAAGCGGAAUUGAUAAUUUUGUGGAACCUUGUUAUGCGGAUUAUAAAAAUUCCUCUUCCGUUUGUUCUAACUCUCGAAAGUAUAUGUUCUGGGAUUGGCUCAAUUUGGAGUCUAAAGUUCAUUUUUCGAUAUCUGCUGCUUUUGAGAGGGUUAUUGCAGGUGAAAGUUGGCGAAUGUAA